GUUGAGAAGUAUUGAUUAGUGUCCAAACCUGUGGGGUCCCGCGGCAAACCAGCCCCCCUCCCCAUCAAUCAAUCAGCCUUUCGGUGUCCAUUGGCACCAAAUCAGUACGCAUUGUCGUACUUCGCGUCGAUGGUGAGAUGAUACACUUCCAAUGUGGGACAACCAACCAUCUUUCGAUCUGUUUUCAAUGUAGAAAAGGACGUCAUUCACGAAUUUUCGACCUCCAAAAAAGACCGCCCUGGGCAUGCAUCAUUGUUCUACAUAGAGCGGCCCUCCAACGAUCGACACAGCGCUCCGCAUCACCACCAAAGACCACCACAACCUCAAAUUAUGAACCACAUCAUCACCACCACCAACCAGGCCUCGAUUGCUCAAAAAAAAUGGACGAUCUGGGAAUCGAACCCAGGACCUACCGCAUGCUAAGCGGUCAUUAUACCACUAAACCAAUCGCCCAUACGAUGAUCUAGCCCGGACUUGAACCGGAGACCUUCAGUGUGGUAGCGAAGAGAGAGAUGAGGCUCUCGAGCUGUUAGACUGACGUGAUAACCAACUACACCAC